AAUGUCAAAUUGGUCAUAACAACUUUCUAAAUUCAUAAAUUUCACUUUAAUGUUUACAAACCUUCACCGACUUUAUUUUGUAUUUCAUUCGGCAAGCAUUAUAAGACUAGACAGUAUUUGGGAAUACAAUGCAACCAUUACGAUCAGUCGUCCCUAGAAACAUCAUAAAUCAUUUUAGAAAGACAUUCGCAACAAGUGCCUUUAGUUCCGAAAAUAAAAAGAAAGUUUGCAUAGUCGGUGCUGGUCCGGCUGGAUUUUACGCUGCCCAACAUUUGAUCAAGAACCUACCCAACUGUUGUGUGGAUAUUGUGGAGAAAUUGCCCGUUCCAUUCGGGCUUGUCAGAUUCGGAGUAGCUCCCGAUCAUCCAGAGGUAAAAAACGUAAUCAACACAUUCACAAAGACUGCUGAAAAUCCGCAAGUGAGAUUUUUGGGAAAUCUUACCCUAGGGUUCGAUUUUACAGUUCAAGAUCUACGUGACCGAUACCAUGCCGUAAUUCUGUCUUACGGAGCCGAAAAAGAUCGUAAACUGAACAUCCCAAAUGAGUAUCCUUCCAAUGUUCUAUCGGCGCGUGAAUUUGUGGCCUGGUACAAUGGAUUGCCAGGAACCGAACAAUAUAAGCCGAACUUGAACGCACGUACAGUGGCUAUUAUUGGCCAGGGUAAUGUAGCAGUUGAUGUGGCACGCAUUCUUUUAUCACCGAUUGAUGUCUUGGCUAAAACAGACAUAACACGUUUCGCGUUACAAACUCUGUCCGAGAGUAAAGUUGAAAAUGUCUAUUUGAUUGGUAGACGGGGUCCACUACAAGCAGCAUUUACGAUAAAGGAGCUGAGGGAAAUGACAAAGUUACCAGGAGUAAAUAUUCUGUGGCGUGGUGAAGAUUUCGUUGGAAUAAAUGAAGAACUUCCCAAUCUGCAAAGACCGCGAAAGCGAUUGACGGAAUUGAUGUUGAGUAGUUUGUCGAAACAACAGCAACACGAGGUAGGGAAGAAAUCAUUUCUUCCAAUAUUCUUACGUUCACCGCAACAUAUCGACGGUUCGAAUAAUUUGGUCUUAUCGAUUAACAAUUUGGUUGGACAUUCUGCUGUGGCUACAUCAGUUACAGAAACGCUAGAAACUGAUUUAAUUAUGCGGAGCAUUGGAUACAAAUCGAUUUGUUUGGACAAGUCACUGAAUUUCGACGAGAAGCAAGGCCUCGUUAAUAAUGUUGGUGGUCGUGUGCUUAAGAAGCAGUUAACGGGAAGCGAUAACUCCAUUGACGACAUUGAAGACAAAUUCGAAAAAGGAUUGUAUGUUAGUGGAUGGCUAGCAACUGGACCAACUGGUGUUAUUUUAACAACAAUGAACAAUUCAUUUUCGGUCGCGCACACCAUAUGUGAAGAUUUUAAAACGGGAGCAAUCUCUUCCAGUACUACUAAGCCGGGGAUGGAUGACCUAUUAGUAAAUAAAACUGUUGUCACAUGGGACGGAUGGAAUCGUAUAGACAAAGCUGAAAUCGAAGCCGGUAAAAUACAUCAAAAGCCACGGGAGAAGAUUGUUAAUGUUAAAGAAAUGUUGACACUAGUUUCAUAGUCGGGUCUCGGCGGUUAUUUUUGUUAAAAAUAUUUUCUAUUUUGUUAUGGCGAUUUUUGCUCAGGAUGAUUGUUAGAUUAGAGAGAUCUGCUAUAUCCAAAAUAACGAAAGUUAAUUUCCAUAUUGACCGUUACAUCACAUUCGAACAAAUAAAUCAGAUCUAAUGA